AUGGAAUGCAAUUUGGCACGUUUUUUGUUUCUUCAGAGUACUGACCAGGAAGCUUUGAAGAAGAUAUUGGUAGCUACACAUGACAAGUCUCAAAAGAAGCUGUGUGAAUCAGAUAUUGAAGCAAUAGAGAAAAUUAACUUUUCAGUUUCUGAAGUGAAGAGCAAGUACAAGGAUGCUACCCUCUUACCAAAAUGGAAAGCAUUUCAGACAGUCAUAUAUCUUGAACGGGAUGAUGGCCUGAAUGACUCAAGUAAAAUUGCUGCAUUUGAUUUUGAUGGCUGUCUUGCAAAAACUGCUGUGAAUAAAGUGGGUGCAGACACUUGGUCCCUCAUGUAUCCUUCAAUUCCUGAUAAACUACAAAGCUUAUACAAGGAUGGGUACAAGCUGGUAAUUUUCACCAAUGAAUCCAAUAUUGAACGUUGGAAAAAUAAGAGACAAGUAGCCGUGGACUCAAAAAUUGGACGUCUCAAUAAUUUUAUUGAGAAAGUGAAGGUUCCAAUUCAGAAAUCAUCAUCUGCUGCUGGAUUGACUGCAACAGUUGCUAAGGAACCAGAAACUGGAGAGUUUUGUAUUGAGAUUUAG